CCGGGUGGCGCAGGCGCAGUGUCCCCGGGCCAAGAUGGCGGCGUGGUGUUCUGCACGCUGGUUGCUGGUGGCUGUGGGGACCCCCCGGCUGCCGGCCGCAGCGGGGAGAGCGGCGCGCCCAUCUUGAGAAGGUGUGGUUGGGGCGUCGCUGGGUCGCAAGCUGAAUGUCGCCGCCUUCGCGCCUUCCUGGGGCUCUCGCGGUCCCCGGGCGCUGCUGACAUUGAAACCCUCUGUCAGCCUCACAGGAGCAAAAGUUUACCCUUUUGUUUGUACUGCCUCCUUCCACACAAGCAGCCCUUUGGACAAAGAAGAUUAUUACCAGAUAUUAGGAGUCCCCCGAAAUGCCAGCCAGAAAGAGAUCAAGAAAGCCUAUUACCAGCUUGCCAAGAAAUAUCACCCUGACACGAAUAAGGAUGACCCCAAAGCUAAGGAGAAAUUCUCCCAGCUGGCAGAAGCCUAUGAGGUGUUGAGUGAUGAAAUGAAGAGGAAACAGUAUGAUACCUAUGGCUCUUCCAGCUUUGAUCCUGGGGCCAGCAGCUCUGGGCAGAGAUACUGGAGGGGAGGCCCUUCUGUUGACCCAGAGGAGCUGUUCAGGAAGAUAUUCGGGGAGUUCUCAUCAUCAUCUUUUGGAGAUUUCCAGAGUGUAUUUGAUCAACCUCAGGAAUACAUCAUGGAGUUGACAUUCAAUCAAGCUGCCAAGGGUGUCAACAAGGAGUUCACCGUGAACAUCAUGGAUACCUGUGAUCGCUGUGAUGGCAAGGGGAAUGAGCCUGGCACCAAGGUGCAGCAUUGCCACUACUGCAAUGGCUCCGGCAUGGAAACCAUUAACACGGGCCCUUUUGUGAUGCGUUCCACAUGUCGAAGAUGUGGUGGCCGUGGCUCUACCAUCACAAAUCCGUGUGUGAUCUGCAGAGGAACAGGACAAGCCAAGCAGAAGAAGCGAGUAAUGAUCCCUGUGCCUGCAGGAGUUGAGGAUGGCCAGACUGUGAGGAUGCCUGUGGGGAAACGAGAAAUUUUUAUCACAUUCAGGGUGCAGAAAAGCCCCGUGUUCCGGAGGGACGGUGCAGACAUCCACUCUGACCUGUUUAUUUCUAUAGCUCAGGCUCUUCUUGGGGGAACAGCCAGAGCUCAGGGCCUGUACGAGACAAUCAAUGUAACGAUCCCCUCUGGGAUUCAGACAGACCAGAAGAUUUGCUUGACUGGGAAAGGAAUCCCACGGAUUAAUAGCUAUGGCUAUGGCGACCACUACAUUCAUGUCAAGAUCAGAGUUCCAAAGAGACUAACGAGCCGGCAGCAGAACCUGAUCCUGAGCUACGCUGAGGAUGAGACUGAUGUGGAGGGAACAGUGAAUGGUGUCACCCACACAAGCACAGGAAAACGAUCCACUGGAAACUAGGCUGGGAGCAACAGUCCUUCCUUGUGGCCAGGCGUCAGAGACAUGAGGAUUCCAGAGCAGCAGCACUGAGCCCCUGGCCUGCAGAGCCCUCAGCUGCCAGGAAACAGCAAAACCACACAAUAAGACAUCUCUGCACAAAAAGGUCACAGUGGACAGCCCCUGGGCAGUGAAUGUAGCACCUGAGGGCUGGUGGAAGCUUCCUGCUUGUGAGUAAGGGAUGCACCUCUUCUGGCUCAGGCAGGGUGAGACAACUGGACACUUCCUUGGUUUUUUUGUUUUUUGAGGCAGGGUCUCACUAUGUAGUUGAGACUGACCUGGAACUCACUAU